CUGUGACGUCAUAACGCCGCGCCGCUUCUAGUCUUAACCCGCUCUCUGCUUCUGUUGUGAUUCGGCUGAAGAAAGGACAAAGUGUCCAAACACAGAAAAACUCCUGCUGAAGCGGCUGAGAUCCACGGGACACUAUUAUAAAGAUGGCUUUUAUUAAAGAAGAGAGUGAAGACGUGAAGAUUGAAGAAACAUUCAGAGUCAAACAUGAAGAUACUGAGGAACAAACAGACCUGAUGGCGCUGAAUGAGGAGAGUCAAGAACUGAAUGAAACGGACGAGAAGGAUCAGAAUGCGAAACGGCAUGAUUUCAAAACUGAAGAGAAAUCAAUUAGUUGCUCACAGACUAAAAAGACUUCCUCACAAGCUCAAAAAACACAAACUACAAACCUUAAUUCCAACAUGAGAAUUCACACUGGAGAGAGACCGUUCACCUGCUCUCAGUGUGGAAACGGUUUUACACAGAAAAACUGCCAUAAUAUCCACAUGAGAAUUCACACUGGAGAGAAGCCGUUCACCUGCUCUCAGUGUGGAAACGGUUUUACACAGAAAAACUGCCAUAAUAUCCACAUGAGAAUUCACACUGGAGAGAAGCCGUUCACCUGCCCUCAGUGUGGACAGAAUUUCACGUGGAAAGGAAAACUUAAGACUCACAUGAGAGUUCACACUGGAGAGAAGCCGUUCACCUGCUCUCAGUGUGGAAACGGUUUUACACAGAAAAAAUACCUCGCUGUCCACAUGAGAAUUCACACUGGAGAAAAGCCUUUCACCUGCCCUCAGUGUGGGAAGAAUUUCACGUGUAAAGGAAAACUUAAGACUCACAUGAGAGUUCACACUGGAGAGAAGCCUUUCACCUGCAAAUUGUGUGGGAAGAGUUUCUCAUUCAAUAACGGUCUUAAGGUUCACAUGAGAACUCACACUGGAGAGAAGCCAUUUGUAUGUGAUCAGUGUGGAAAGAGUUUUACACAGAAAAACUGCCUUAAUAUCCACAUGAGAAUUCACACUGGAGAGCGACCUUAUACCUGCAAACUGUGCGGAAAGAGUUUCUCAUUAAAUAACGGUCUUAAGGUUCACAUGAUGAAUCACACUGAAACAAAGCCGUUAAUGUGCCCUCAGUGUGGAAAGAGUUUUACACAGAAACACUGCCUUAAUACCCACAUGAUCAUUCACACUGGAGAGAAACCUUACAGCUGCCCUCAGUGUGGAAAGAGUUUCGGGUACAAAGGAAGCCUUAAGAUUCACAUUAGAAUUCACACUGGAGAGAAACCGUUCACCUGCAAACUGUGUGGGAAGAGUUUCUCAUUUAAUAACGGUCUUAAGGUUCACAUGAGAACUCACACUGGCGAGAAGCCAUCUGUAUGUGAUCAGUGUGGAAAGAGUUUUACGGAGAACAAACUCCUUAAUGCCCACAUGAGAAUUCACACUGGAAAGAGUCCUUUCACCUGCGAACUGUGUGGGAAGGGCUUCACACGUAAAGAAAACCUUAAAAACCACAUGAAGAUUCACUCAAGACAGAAAAAUGUUAAUUGUCAUUAGUGCGAAUAGACAGGAAUCACCAUGAGAAUCAUUCAAAUUCUCAUCGGAAAAAAGCCUUUUAUGUGCCAUCACUGUGGAAAGAGUUUCA